AUGGGUGAAGAAAACGAAACGAAGAGCAUCACAAUAGAACUGAAAGUGUACAUGCACUGCGACUCCUGUGAAAGAAAAGUGCGCCGAACCAUCAACAAAAUCGAAGGCGUGGAGACAGUCGAGGUCGACAGGGAAGAGAACAAGGUUACGGUGACGGGCGAUUUCAAGCCGGAGAAGGUGGUGAAGAAGAUCAAGAAGAAGACCGGGAAGAAGGCGGAGAUCUCGAUCCCCGACGAAGAUAAGGAGGAAGAAGGCGUGGGACAAGAGCCUUAUUGUGUUCCUUACGAGGAUCCAGUGCUGUACCCUGAUGCAGAUGUGCCCGAUGAGUUUCGGAGCUAUAGGCCAGAAAGGUGGGACUUCCAUUACUUUGAUGACGAAAACGCACAGGCGUGCAUGGUAAUGUAG